AUGGAUGAUUUUUCAAAGCCUGGUUCACCUAACUUUUAUGGUUAUGCACCAAGUCCAGCAAAUUUUAUUAAACCUUUUAAGCGUCCAAUGACAUCGAUAAGUCCAAUUCUUGUUACUGAUUCAAAUGGUAAAGUUAUUUUUACAGCUGGUGGUUCCGGUGGUAGUCGAAUAAUCUCUUCUGUUGCUCAAGUUGCUAUUUAUAAUCUAUGGCUUGGUAAAAGUAUUCGUGAUGCUGUUGAUAUGCCUCGAUUACAUCAACAACUUAUUCCAAUGGAACUUGAAUUAGAAAAACGUUUUCCUGUUAAUGUUGUUCAUGGUCUUCUAGCAAAAGGUCAUACAAUAUCAGGUUUUCGUGGUGGAUGUGUUGUUCAAGCAAUUGAACGUCGUCAUUCAAAUGAAUUAUGGGCUGUAAGUGAUGCACGAAAAGGUGGUGCACCUGAUGGUCUUGGCUAUAAAAAUAUUACAAAAAUUUUUCAAAAUUGGUUUCGUCGAACAUUUAAACGAAGUAAAGAACAAAAAUUACUCGAACAGGCAAUUGAAAAAGGACGAUUAUUAACACCAAAAUGA